AUGAAAUAUUCAUCAUCUAUUCUGCUUGCCUCCGCAUGUUGGGCCUCGGCCGCCUUGAUUCAACAAUGCAGCACCGGCGAUGGUCUGCCGGUCAAGGCCGACUUAACGAAGGACCUGAACAACAGAUACUGUGGCGCCGUGAACCAAAUCCUAUACGAGAACGUGUCGCGAAGCGGUAGCUUUAAAGCCGUUACGGGUAUGGGCUCAAACGGAGAGUGUCGUAAGGAGGAUAAAGCCUACGGAGGUCCGAUGGCCCCCUUUGAUGCCGGUCUAUCCCUUCACUUUCGGGGACCACUUCAUCUCAAACAAAUUGCCGUUUAUAACCUCGCCUCCAAAACGAAGCGGGACGGGCUGGAGCUAGAGACGGAGCAAAAGGUCGAGGAUGAGACUAAAGCGUCCCCCAAAGUCGCCGCCCGCCAUAGUCGCGGUCACAAGCAUCUCCAUCGUGCUCACGUUGGUAAGAGAGCUGACAUUGUGACUGCUACUAUUGACGGAAAGGUUGUCACUUGGGAAAACAACUGGUUUGGCGGCGCGCCAACAGACAAACCUGCUGCUCCCUCAGCUCCUGCGGUGCAAGCUGGAGCCGGUGCUGCAGUAUAUUCGAAUAAAAAGACCGGAAACGAUGCUAAACCCAAGUCCAAAUUCGUCCCAUCAGGAUCUGACUGGGACAGAGUGGCUUACUACAACGCCAAAGACCAAACUGCGAAUAACGUCAUCUUCAUGGGCAACUACGGCGGCCAGGGAUCCGGCGCCUGGAGCAGCACCUGGGGCAAUUCUCUCGCCUACCUCAACGCCCAAGGCACCGGUGGUUCCUCAUCUCCCCAAACCCUCAAAGACAUCUACAUUCCCUCCAACAAGGAAUUCUCCGUCUUCUCCGCCGAGAAAUGCGACUCCAGCUGCGGCUUCUCACUCGCCCCAGACGUCGCAUACAAGGGCUUCAGCGGCGCCAGCAAGAUCUUCCUAUUCGAAUUCAAAAUGCCUCUUGAUGGCAAGCGUUGUCCUGACGGGGGGUACUCCUGUCCCGGACUCGCACCCGAUAUGCCUGCGAUAUGGGCUCUGAAUGACGCAAUCCCCCACGCCGCUCAGUAUAACGCCUGCUCUUGCUGGGACUCCGGGUGUGGCGAGUUUGACAUCUUUGAGGUCUUGUCGCCGGGGAAUAAGAGAUGCAUUACUGCCUUUCACAUGGAUAACGAUGCGAGGAGCUUGGACUAUUUUGAUAGACCGGUGGACAAGUUUAUCAAGGUGGCUGCUAUUUUUCAUGGGAAGAGUGGCAGUAUUGCGGUGAAGAAGUUGUCUGAUCGGGUUGACUUUUCCAAGGGUCUUGAUGAUGGGACUGUUUUGGGAUGGUUGAAUCGGCCGAUGGAUGAGGUGGAGUCCAAGUUGAGCAGCUUGUUCCAGAUGCCGAGCUGA